GAGAGUAUAUACCAGCACUCGAAUCAUCUUUCCUACUUUACUUCCUCUUCCCCUUCUUUUGCAUUGUGUGAUCAUACUCUCUACUUUAUAUAAUAUACACAACAUACCAUUAUCCCGCAUCAUAUCUCUUCAUCGUAUUCUCUUGCAACGUGUGAGACUAGAUCGGAUCACACCAUCGAGAAGAUAAUUGUGCCAUUUAUUACUGCUGGACUUUUGAUAUCACUUUCCUCUUUCAGCUUUCAACCUGUUGUCAACUUUAUACCUUUUACUCUUUUCUCUUAAACAAAAGCAAUAACUUAAGAAAAAGUUUGUUUGCCUGUAUUUGACUUGCUAUCACAAUUCAAUAAAAAGUUUUCUUCCUUCGCUCAACCGAAACAUACAUCAACAUGGGACACCACCGCGAAUCAUCUGCCUCGAAUCACGAGUCGGGAUAUGCUUCUGGAGCAUCUUCUCAAGGCUCUCUUCCCCAAAUCGUCCUCACAAAGCCUCACCUCAAGUUCAUCAAUGCAUCACUCAACAACCUUCAACCCAUAGACAUUCUCCGAUGGGCCAAAAUAACCUUUCCAAACCUCUACCAAACCACUGCUUUUGGAGUAACAGGUCUUGUCACACUUGACAUGUUAAGUAAGCUUCAAAAGGAAACACCAGAGCUACCAAGCGUCGAUGCUAUCUUCCUUGACACCUUGUAUCACUUCAACGAAACACUUGAAUUGGUUGAGAAGACCAAGACUAAAUACCCAAACGUAAACUUGCAUGUUUAUAAGCCAGAAGGUUGCCAAAAUGUUGGAGAGUUCGAGGGAAAGCAUGGUAAAGAGCUAUGGAAGACCAACGCCGAUUUGUAUGAUUGGGUUGCCAAGGUCGAACCCGCUCAACGAGCAUACAGUGAGUUAGAUGUUGCUGCAGUCUUGACUGGCAGAAGAAGAAGUCAAGGUGCAAAGAGAGAGAGCUUGGACAUCGUCGAGGUGGACGAAGCUGGCUUGAUUAAGAUCAACCCUUUGGCAGGAUGGAGCUUCAAGGAGGUACAAAACUAUAUCAAGGAGAAUGAUGUCCCAUACAACGACUUGUUGGAUCGUGGAUACAAGAGUGUUGGAGAUUGGCACUCAACUGAGCCAGUAAAGGAAGGGGAGGACGAACGUGCUGGAAGAUGGAAGGGCACUGAGAAGACCGAGUGCGGAAUUCACAACAAACGAUCGAAGUAUGCACAAUACCUGUACGAAAUGGAACAAAAGAAACAACAAGAGGAACUUUCCGCAGCAUUGGAAAAGGUCCAGGUUAGGGAAGGGAAGAUUGAAAACAUUACUGUCGGGGUUUAAAGUCAUCAGCACUCGCUAUCUUGCCUGACGCAGUUUUUUUUUCUUAGCAAUCUUCUCGUUCCAUUACAGCACACCGUUCAUGGUCGGAGUUUAGGGGGAACAUCGGUGGUAUAAACACAUGAGUUAUGAGCAUUGGAGUUGCAGGCGUUUAAAUAAAGGGAAAUCAUAUGAUACCUUACAAUGGUUCUUGUCCUGUUUAGAUCUUGGAGGCUCGUUCUUUUGAUGCCCGCCAUCAAAAGUUUCAGUCCCGCUAUUUUAUAUAGCGAAAACGACUUAAUGAAAGUUACAUUAAUGCAAUCCAAGCUCUUGUUGUGAUGUCGUUUUGAUGUGUUAUGAAGUGAAAGAUUCAAGUCGCCGAUAAUAUGUCGCCA